GUCACAUAUUCAUGUGUCAAAGUCAGCUGCUUAUUAGUAAAGUAGGGUCGUCAGGUGACUUUAGUAGUUUCUUCUGUAAAAUUUUGAAUUGAAAAAGUAAAAUAUGGCUCUACAUGCAGCAGUUAAAGGUAAAUUGAUAUCAGUUAUAGGAGAUGAGGAUACUUGUGUUGGGUUCCUUCUGGGUGGAGUUGGCGAAAUAAAUAAAAAUAGACACUCGAACUUUUUGGUGGUUGAUAAAAAUACUGCAGUAAGUGAAAUUGAAGAUUGUUUCAAACGUUUUUUGAAGAGAGAUGAUAUUGAUAUUAUUUUGAUAAAUCAAAAUAUUGCUGAAAUUAUUAGACAUAUUAUUGAUUCUCAUAAUUCACCUAUCCCAGCAGUAUUAGAAAUCCCUUCAAAAGAUCAUCCAUAUGAUGCAAGCAAAGAUUCUAUUUUGAGACGUGCAAAGGGCAUGUUCAAUCCGGAUGAAGUAUUGUAAAUAUUAUUUAGAAGAGUUGUACUAUAUUGAUAGGAACAGUUUAAAAUGCUGCAGAAAGCAAAAUAGAUUUGUUAGUUAUUACUAAGUGUAUUUACAUAUGAUUCCAAAAAUUGUCUAUUGUAUAAAAUAAAUGAGAAAAUAUGUUAAGAGUUUCUUUUACCUAUGAAUUUUAUAAAUACUGACAUUCCAAUGGCAAAAGAAACUUCGAUGAAAUUUGAACAGAAUUUCAUAGUUUUCACUUUAUAUAUACACAUCUUAUUGUAAUUAUCGCCAAAUAUAUCUAAAUUGCAACCAUUUAAUAAUUUAUAAGCACCUAAAAAGAUUAUUUUGUUUUCGUUUUGGUUCUUUUGUAAAUGUUAAAUCUUACAUCUGACAAAUAUAAAAUCAACAAACCUAA